CUGUCAUUCGGCGCAGGCGCAGCGUCCGAAACACAAGCUAACGAGACGAGUGCUGCGUUAGCGUAUGCACCUACAGUCUAGCUUACACUAUUGUGAAGGAUGCUGUGAUCUUUUGAAUUGUCAACAUCGCAGCCAAUAGGCAAACGGACCCAGUCAUGUAAUAUAAUCGCGUUGCAUUGUUUCAGGUUGAAUUCGCUGUCAUACCUCACAGGGCAUGUUGAAUUAGUGUACGCUAGCUUGGUUCUCUGAUACGAGCAUUUAAAGAUAGCCAAUGGUAAUCAAGAUGUUCCGCCGACAAUCUCGAAUAUCUUCAGUGCUUGUGGUUAUAUUGUUUAUAUUCGGAGAACAUCUCGUAAAGAGUUCACCUGAGAACGACCCUUAUAAAACCCUUGGUGUAAGUAAGAGUGCCAGUCAAACGGAAAUCAAAAAGGCGUAUAAGCAUCUGGCUAGAGAAUGGCAUCCAGACAAGAACAAGGAUCCUGGAGCAGAAGACAUGUUCAUAAAAAUUACAAAAUCCUAUGAGAUUCUGUCAAAUGAAGAGAGAAGGGCCAAUUUCGACCGCUAUGGCCAGAUGGAGGACAACCAGGCUUUCGGCCACUCACAGCAACAGGGAUACCGUAGCAGUUUCCACAACAGCUUUUACUUUGACGAGUCCUUCUUCCACUUCCCCAAGUCGAGGGACUUUGCUGACAGCAAGUACCUGCUGCACCACGCGCAGUUCAACAGCGACGUGCUGCCCGACAGCUACCGGCGGCCCUACCUCAUCAAGGUGACCUCGGACUGGUGCUUCGCCUGCAUCCACAUUGAGCCGGUGUGGAGGGAGAGUGUACAGGAGCUGGAGCCACUGGGUGUGGGCAUCGGCAUCGUGGAUAUGGGAUAUGAGCGGCGCCUGGCCAGCCAGCUGGGGGCCCACCGCACGCCCUCCAUCCUGGGGGUGGUGAACGGCAGGUUCACCUUCUUCCACCAGGCCGUUGUCCGCGAGAACCUGCGGCAGUUCAUCGAAGACCUGCUGCCCCAGAGGAUGGUGGAGAAGGUCACGGAUAAGAACUACCAGUCAUUCCUGAAUGGCUGGCAGUCAGAGAACAAACCCAGCGUACUCCUGUUUGACCAAGUACCAAUAUUCCCCCUGAUGUACAAGUUGACGGCGUUUGCCUUCCGGGACUACGUGCGCUUCGGGUACGUGGACCAGGGCGAGAAGUACAACACCCCCCUCCUGCGGCGGUUCAACAUCAACACCCACGCCCCCACUAUGCUGCUAUUCAAGGAGGACACGGAGAAGCCUGCCGACAUCAUCCAGGCCCGAGGGAUGAAGCGACAGAUCAUGGACGAGUUUGUCUCCAAUAACAAGUUUCUUCGGGUGCCCCGGCUGGUGAACCAGCAGCUCUUUGACGAGCUGUGUCCGGUCAAGCAGUUCCACCGGCGCAGGAAGUACUGCGUGCUGCUGAUCACCGGGGAGGACCAGGCCUUCGUCCCCGGUAACGAGGCCUUCCUGCAGUUUGCCACCGCCAACUCCAAGGAGGUGUUGCGCUUCGCCUACGUCUACCAGCGGCAGCAGCAGCCCCUCUGCCAGGCACUGCUGCAGAACCACGCUGUGCUCUCGCCCCAGGUUGUGAUUCUGGAGAGGCGGAGCCCAGCAGGCAAGGUCAUGUACCGCUCUGUGAUUGGUGGAUGGAACGGAAGUGAGGAGGAUAAGCACCGCCUCUAUGAACAGCUGGAGCUCCUGCAGAGAGAUCCGGCAUACCUGACAUCAGACGCCACGCUACCAGAGCUCAACAACGAGAUGGCCCCCAUGUUUCUCAUCCAGUGGAUGAACACUGCCUACGAUUACUUCCUGCAAAUAUAUGAUGACAUCCUCUACUCCAACUGGAGAGAGAUGAUGCCCAUCCUGUCCCUGAUUUUCUCAGCCCUCUUCAUCCUCUUCGGCACCGUCAUCAUCCAAGCCUUCAGUGAGUCCGGAGAAGACAAGCCGCAGAAAGCCAAACCUCGAGAGCGUCCCAAAGCUGAGGAGGAUGACUCCAGCCGGCCCACCACCACCAGCCGCCCCCCUAAGAAGGACUUUGUGGAGGUGACGGAGCUGACGGACAUCACCUACACCAGCAACCUGGUGAAGCUGCGGCCCGGCCACAUCAACAUCGUGCUGGUGCUCUCCGAGGCCUCCAAGAACGCCUUGCUCAGGAAGUUUGCAAAGGAAGUGUUUUCCUUCUCUGGGACCCAGACGCUCCACUUCUCCUUCCUCAACGCAGAUAAACACCGCCAGUGGAUGCCUGCGCUGCUGGCCCUGACCCUGGACUCGGCCCAGGGCCACUCGGACGACGAAGAGUCCUCGGACCACACCGGCUACGUGCUGGCCCUCAACGGCUACAAGAAGUACUUCUGUCUGUUCAGGCCCGUGUUCACCGGGGACGACGCCAGCGAGGCCUCCGCCGCCUUUGACUCCUCCUCGUCCUCAUCGUCCUCCUCGUCCAGGAGAAAGUCCCGCUCUAGGUCCCGGUCCCAGACCCGCUCCCGGUCCCACUCCAGGGAGGACGGAUCAGGUUCCAGGCGGGCCUCCAGCCGGGCCACCAGUCUGGAGGUGCACCACAAGCUGGACCGCCUGGGACUCUGGAUGGAGAGGCUGAUGGAGGGCACCCUCACCCGCCUGCGUGUGCACGCCUGGCCCUCACUAGACCCGGCUCAUGGCUCCGCAGAGAGCUGAGCCCGCGUUGAGGAAGAGCUAGUCUCACCAAGGGUUGGAAUAAAACAAAGGAGGAAGUGAAAGAGAGAUGGAUGUUGAUGCUGUAUCAUGUUUUCAAGAUGUCUUUUUGUUUUGUUUUUUAAAAACGUUUUGUUACAGUUUUUGUUCCAGUUUUUUUCAAACAACGUGUAGCUUAUCCUGAUAUUUGGAAUACUCCUGUAACUUAUUUUCUCACGUGUUAAAGUAAAACCUUGGCUGUCUGGUCAGAUUAGCCUUUGUUCAGGCAGCACUGGAGAAGGCCAGUAUCAUACACGGAUGGAGUUUGUUGCAAUACCUCAGAAACGACCAUGUAGACACAUGGCACUUAGGGAACAGCAGUGGCGGUUUCAGCAUAAGGGGGUUGCAUUCUAUGAAGCUGUGUCAUAGCGUUCUGCCUGGUCAAGGCUUGGGCACGUGUCAUAAAACUGUUGAGACUAAUGCAUGUCUGCCUAUGAAUCCAGUCCAUGACUUAAUAGGAGUCAAAACACUAAACACUUUCUGAGCUUCUUUCCCACUGCAACGAUAUCAAGUAAGGUACAUUCUUUUUUUAAUGAUUCUGUUUUGUCAAUGGAGUUAGUUGAAUAACCUGUAGUUGUUUAACCCUGAUUAGUUUUCCUGACUUAUCUUUUUGCAUUGAAAUAAUUGGAAGCGUUCUCCUAUCGCAACCCGCUUCAUACCGAAGACAGAUAUUUCCGUAGACAAAUUGCAACACCUUCUUUUAAGGAUAUUAAGUUGAUUGUGCAGGAUCGACCGGUACUUCAGAAACACGCCUUCAUACCUUCACUGUUGCCACUCCGUCGUUUUGUUCAAUGUGUUCCUAUUGUCUUUCCCCUUCAAACUGCCUGUUCAACAUAUACAAGAAGAGAUUAUUUGGCCAGAGACUACUGUACGCCAGUGUGAUGUUAUAAUUAUAAAUUAGUAAUAAAUCGUGAAUCAGUUUUAGGACAAUGCUACACUGGUUACAUGCACUGGCACUAGAUUUGCAUGUAUUUGUUAGAUUCUUAUCCUGUUUUGUUUAUUUAUUGAACCCUUUGCUCACCAAAGGUCCGAUCGUCUCUCUACCUGUGUCAACUGAAUGUGAUUAAGAUCAUUGCUAAGGUCAAGCCACUGACAAUAGCUGAUUUACAGUUUAUUUAUGAAAUUAUAAGAUAAUGGCUUAGAUUUGCUUUAUUUAUAUAAUUUGCCCACAUAAAACUAAUAAACUUUUUUAAAACAA